UUCGAAGAAAACGUUUUGGCGGGAAAAUCCCAGACAGGAUGCCUUUACCCGUUUUAUAAACAUUAAAAGUAAGAUAAGACGCGAGUUGUAUCGGAGUCGGGUACAUUCGGUUUUCUAACGUGAAGUUUUGUUACAAUCCAGUGGAGUUUGGUACAGUGAUACUGGUGACAUAAGGCAUGCCCCGUCGUGUUAGACACGUGGACCAACGACCAUUCCCUUUGGUGUCAGUGUGACUGAUGUACUGGCGCGCCUAUACACGAUACAGAGUUUACAUUGAUAAAUUACUAGUAAUCAUCAAAGUUUUGACGGCCACUGACGCAAAUUGAGCACUGAAAGAGAAAACUCCCAAACAUAAUCAGGGUUAAUCUCACUCCAAAGGAAUCCAGCAAUUUGUUUUGUCACUUUUAACCAAUCCGUUUAUAUUGGUUGACUAACACUGACGAGCUCAUAACUAAAACCUGUGGAAAACGAGUGUCGGAGAAUAGUUUUACGUUAGGAGUUUAUUGAAUUCAGCAGUCGUCGUCUUUACUUUUUGGGACCGUCCUUUGCUUUAAAAAACAUAAUUAGACAAAGUCUAGUGACAAGAAUAAGGUUCCAGGGCCCAGAGUUCGCGCAGAAGACAGGAUAAAGCACAUCAGCAACAACGAUGACCAGAGCAAAGAAAUUUUUUGCUGGAUAUAUACUUUGUGUAUUAGUUGUGUAUUGUGGGUCAAGAGUAGUGGAUGUGAAUCAAGAAAAGUCACCAAAAGAUACUUAUAUGGAGAGACGAUCUAUUCAAAUAAUUAGCAACGUGUCUUGCGCCGAGCUGACCCGUAAAUAUGCCACUCAAAAUCUGACCGACGAUGAGUUGAUGGAGGUUUUAAAACAGAAAGGGGGCGAAUAUUUGACUGAGUAUAUGGCUAAGACCACUGAAGAAGCAAAGCUGAUGUUCAGGCCGUUGAAUAAGCCACAUCGACCUAAGCCCGGGAAACAGCCACCCAAUCCUCCGCCAGGCCAGUUGACGCCCCCACCGCCGCGGACUGACCAUGGACCGUAUGCGCCAGGCAUAAAACCAGAGUCAAGUUAUUUAGCAUCAAACGACUUAAUAAAAAUCUUUCGACAAUUUGCAAAAAUCCAGAGAAAGUGCGGCAUGACGGUUGCCAAGGUCCCUGAAAAUAUAGUUUCGUAUGAUGGGACUUACGGUCGAAAGAAGCGUCAGAGCAAUUCUGGCAGUGUGACAACGAAUGGUUCGUGUGUGUACAGAGGCACCAGUGAUGACGGUUAUUUACAAAUGUGCACUACUUGCUCUACAACUACAACAUUGUCGGACUCCUACUUUCCACGAGUGCUCAACGAAGUUUCCUGUGGAGAUGGUUCGUCGUCUACCAGCUCUUCGGCUAACGAUAAUGGCUGCUUGUUCGUAUCUGGAACAGCAAACGGCCAGUGUAGGCAGCAGUACAUAUACGUGAACAUGUUGCGCAAGACGGGCAAGUGUAGCUUGGUCACCAACUCUGACGGCAAUGCAGUGGCUGUAGACGAGUGGGAGCUGUACACGCAGCCAAUUCACGUCUCCUGUGAAUGCAUGGUGGAUGAAAGAUCGUUCUUAUCUAACUUCGUUACCACAUAGUCAUGGAGUACAAACUUUAUUAACCCACUGAUUGCUGCGUUUCAGUGAAUUUGAGGUUAAUUUUCAUUAUAUUUUUCACUUUUGAAACUAGUUUUGUGCACUGUUUUGUCCAAUGCCUGUGUAAAAUACAAUUAUCAGAUUUCGAUUUAUAUGUGAACUAAGAUUUAUCUCCUAAUUCUUCUAUGAAGCACCCAAGUCUCAAAGUACCUGGUUUAAUAGGCAUAACUAAAUCGCUGAAAUUGCUUAAUACUGUGUUUCUGUCUCUAUAUUUUGCUCAAUUUACGAGUGCUUCUUGCAUGUGCUCUAAUUUCACAAGUUCUCAGUUGUUCAAACAAAUCUUCAAGAAUGUUAAAAUAAAAGUUGCCACCCUUUUUGAUCAAAUGUAUUUUGUAACUGCAAUAAUAUUAUAUGCAAUAAAAUGAUAAUAAUCUAUACUGAUAUUUAUGUUGAAAACUGAACUGUUUCCGCUCGAAAAUAAGACAAAAAAAAUCAAAUGUAUUUUCGAAAGUGCCAAGGAAAAUCUAUUUUUUCCGAUUUGGUCGUGGCAAUUAAUUGUAGAGAAGUAGUGGCAUUCUAGUAAACGGCAUGCGACACAGGUCUCAUUUUAGAUUAUAAGUUUGUUUAUAC